AUGUCGACCCAAUCUCCUCAUCCUCCGACCCCCAAGGGUUCGCGCAACAACCGCCGUCCACAGAAGAAGAAUAUGACUCCUCAAGCUCCGAAACCAGGUCUCCUCUCGACCCCGCCAUCAUCUCCACCGCGGAAUAUGAGCCCAGCCGGGGCCCAAACGGAUUCAAACACCAUGUCGAAGAAGAAGCCUGCGCGAUCUACAAAGAAACCGCGCGAUAACAAGGCUCCUCCGGCCCCAACCAACGGAUAUCAGAAUAACAACGGUUAUUACCAGAAUAAUGGGUAUCAAAGUAAUGCCCAACGACAACCCCCGACGCAGGCUGUUACGUCCCCUCAAAUGAAAGACAGUGCAGCCUAUGCAGGCCCUACGUUCCACGCAUCUCCCGCUCCUUCGGCGCUUCCCAUGCCCAGCUUUUUCUCCAAGUCAGCUCCUGAUUCAGAUCUCGUACCACCGAUCGAGACUGAGACCGACAGCGAUACCGCGGAGAAUGAACCCGAAUUGGACGUGACUCCCUCUAAACCUCGCAGCCGCCCCCAAACGACAGGCAACGAACCGAAACCCACUCCUCUGGACUUUCUAUUCCAGGCUGCUGUGCAAGCCCGGAAUACCAAGUCAACGAGCAGUCCUGAGGUGAACAAGCUUCGAUCGCCUCAGACUGAACCCAAAGCUAUGCGCUCCAACCCCGAUAGCAUGUUUGCUUUCGAGAUGGAGAAUUCCGCGUCUCCGCGCCACUCGCUUAUUGGUCCUUCUUUUGCUCCUUCCUAUCAGGACCGCAUGAAUGCUUUGCAAUCCACGCGGGCUUCGAGCACUCCCCAAUCCCCAGAUAUCUCUGAGGAACAGCGCAGAAUGAAGACUGCAGAGCUGAAGCACUUACUUCUUAAUCCGCGUCCCCAGAAGCCCCCCCUCGGCUCAACCAACACCUGA